AUGUUGGUAGUGGGAGACCACGACUUCAAAAUCCCCAGCCGUCACACACAAGGACGGAUAUGUCACUGGAGCCAGUCCACUGAUUAUCAUCAGGAUAGGGCCUCGGCUAAUCGACAUGGGGCGCCGACGCCGCUCAAGCGGUACAAGAGCGUAAGAAGAAGAAGAAGAAGAGAGUGGUCCCUAUAGGGGCAACCUAAGGGGCCCUUGAAGGUGAAGCAUGUUUCUAAGCAGAAUGAGAUUUUUUUCAGCGAUUUCUAGAUUUUUAUGUCACUUCAGGUAUUACAAUAAUCAAGAAGGGUCUUAAAGUCAUAAAACUUUAUUUUUAUCCGUUCAAUCUUUUAUUUUUGCUUCAGGCUUCAUUCCGUGUAUUUUCUUCACUCGAAGUGGUAGCUCUCUCAGUCGGCCGAGGCUACCCUAGAGUGUACACGGAGUCCGUGCUCGAGCCCCACCAUCACCGCCGUGCCCGUACCCGCGAAACUGAGGGAUCUACUUGUGGAAGAACGCGGCGAAGGGCCGUAAGACCAUGCUUUCAAUUCAAUCGACUACACGUUUUGACUUUUUUUUCGCCAAAGGCGGUGUUAGUGCCGCACAAAAGAGCAAUUUUUUCACCGCCUAGUCGGUACUAUCUGACUAAAACAACCAAUAAAUAUUGUAUUGUAUUGUAUAGGUUCAUCGUAUUCUUUUUCAAAAGCUGUAGAAAAAUUUUUUUUCCAGAAGCCCGGAGUUCAGUUUCAGUUCUAGGAAUCUAGAACCAUUUUUUUCAGUUUUAUCGUUUUUCCUCUCUGAGUUCUGAUAUUUUCUAAGUUUAAAAAAUCUUCUUUCUUUAGGAUCUGUACAGCGGAGGAUCUGUUUCUUUUUACCCCAUUUUCGAAGUUUCAUGGUCGUUUUUUUGUCCUCCUACUCUAAAAAUAGGAAAAAAAUGGAAGUUUCACGGAUCAAUUUCCCAGGAAAAACGUUUCAUUUCUUCAAUUUGUCAAAAAAAUUCCGUUGAAAUGAAUUUCGAGCCACGCGUUUUUUUCUUAAAAAGAUAUAAAUUUUAUAAAAAUUUCAAAAAAUUUUUCUCUGGGUGGAAUUUUUAGCUUCAAGGUCACUCAAAAAAAUCAUAAUUCGGCUGAAUUUUUUUCUAAACCGGAAUUUAGUUUUUCCGGAGUCAUUUUAAUGAUUAUUUUCUCAGCAAUAUGAGAUACUGGUUUUCCUGUUCUAGAAGUGUUAUAUUUUUAAUUCAACUGAUUAAUUAAAUUUUUCUGUUCUACAAAAAAAAGGUUCCUGAACUGAAAAAAAACAGUUAAAAAUUGUUUAUUUUUGACUUUUGUUCUGCUUCCGAUUUCUUGAAAUAAGUGUUCAAAACUUCAAAAAAUAAAAUCGUGAAGUUUGUUUUGUGACGUGAAACUUCUGGUACGUGAAAAUUACCAAAAUGACCUCAAAUUAUGAAAAAAGUAGACGCUGACGUAGGCCCGGAAUAACAGUAUUUAAGAGAAUUUCUGAGCCAGUCCAGCAAUUUUAUAUGAGCCGUCGGUCGUCAGGGAGCAGCUUGCAGACCGCCAGCGUCGUUCGGUGUGAGUUUGAUGGCCUGCAGAGCCCCGGGAGGCUUCUGGCCCCUCGAGUGAACACUUAAGGGGCGCUGGCGCCACUUGGGUGAUCGCUUGAUGGCUGGAGGAUCCCUGGGUCCAUCCGCCGCGACUUUCGCGUGUCUGCGUCUCUCUGUUCCCUCACCGGCGAGGUUAGAGAAAUAUGAAAAUAGCACGUCAACAUGAGACGUCGAAUCUCUGCGCCCUCCUCGUCUCUCGACGCCCCUCUCAUGUUUACGUGCUGUUUCCACUUUUCUCUGACCUCGCCGGUGAGGGAACAGAGAGACGCAGACACGCGAAAGGACUAUACGAAUAAUGCUUCUUGCUAUGCUUCUUCCGAUUUAAUUUCGUUAUUUUCAGGUCAGCGACUCGAAGACUGUUGCUCAGGCUCCUGUCCAAGGCCCAUCUUUCCGCUUUCAAAGUGAGCGACCCAAUGCUUUUCUCACUAAAAUCUCUUUUUCCAGACUUGAUGAAGUUCCUGUUUGUGAAAGAAAAAGAAGAAAUGGAAAAAGCGAAGGAGAAGUCUAAGAAGACCAACAAAAACGACAAACUCUCCGUUUUUCUUCUAAUUGCCUUCGCGGCUUUUCUACAAGAUAGUUGCCUCUGUUGCACCAUCCUUUAA